AUGGCAAAAGAGGAGCACGCGACCUGUGUGCUUGGUGGAAGGGCCCCUGUGUCCUUUCCUAUGACUCAGGGCAAUGACGAGAACCUGGCAGCGGUUCAAGCCGCCAUUGAACGAACCACAAGGAAGCUCGAGCUCGAGAAGCGGAAACUCCACGAUCUUGCUGGCGCUUCAGAGAAAGCUCAGGCCGAAUACCACGAGAAAAGGGCCCGCUAUCGCUUUAACAAGGCAGACGCUCGGAAGGAGUUUGAAAAGGCAGAGCAGCGCCUACUACUGUUGGAAAACCGAGUUGCCCAGGAAACGUCUAAACAUAACAUAGCCAUAGCAGAGAUUGCAGAUCUUCGUACAGCUAUUGACAAACAUAGGAAGGAUCGGUUGUCACUCGAUCAAGUCCAUCGGCAUCUUUCAAAAGAAAUUAAAGAAAAGGAAGGACAGCUCAAUGCGCUAAGACAAGAAACGGCGAAGCAGCAAAAAGAAGAAAAACGGGCACUUUCUCACAAACAGCAACUAUGCAAGCUGAGGGAAAAAGAGAGGGAAGAAUUCAGAGAAGCCACUGCGCAGAAAGAGAAACUGAUAAAAGAUCACGAUAGAAUGCUGAAGGAGCUAGAGGCGAAAUCGGACAGAGACAAUCAGCAUAUUCGAGCUCAAAUCAAGUGCAAUGCAUUCACUGUGUCGGAGGAAGAACGGUUGACUGAUCCCGAAAUUUUAAUGAAGAACAUACUAAAAACCACUUUGCUGAACACUAUGCAGAGGUUUGUCAUCCGUCAGCACAGGAAGCAAGUGGAUGUAUUCGAGCGGGCAAUGGAUAUUAUCAAGGAAUCCACAGGAAUAUCGGACGCCGACGAGAUUGUUCGUAUCUUUACGCUGUUAGAAGAAAAAAAUUACAGUGUCAUAACGUAUGUGAAUACAAUUAACCAAGAAAUCAAAGAAAUGGAGCACCGCAAAAACGCUAUCCUCGAUCGCAUCCAAAUGCACAUCGAGCACGGGAGCAAAGCCGAAAAAAUCAUUCAAGAUCUGCUAAAGGAUGUGACAGAUCAAGUAGAAAGCAUUACAAAACAAGCUGAGCUGAAGGAAGAAAGGAUAGCUGCACAGACAGAGGGCAUAGAUAAAGGCAAAGAACACUUGGUAGAAUGCGUUCGUUGCAUUGAAAACCACUGGAGUGAGAUUUCGCCAAGAACCUCUGUGACAGACGACGUGGCCAGCCCUUCCAUUGUAGAUAUGCUGCAGUACAUCGAAAAUUUUGUCGCAUCAAAGCUCGCUGAAGUGCGCCAAAGUAACGUUUCCACGCGAGGUGACUGCCUGCGAAAAGAAUCCGAACGAGCAGGCUCAACAGUGUCUUUGCCGCCACAAAGUAAGGACGAUCAGGAACCUGCAUGCAUUUCAAGACAGGGAUCUUCAUCAGAGCCAACAGCAAGCCCACGGAGCCAUACAAGUGGAAUUUUGCGCCCCAAGGACCUUUCUGCAGCUCGAUGUGACAGUGACUCCGACAAUGUGGACAACUGCGACUGGCCCUUGACAGACAAUGAGUUACGCACUCGGACAGCGCAAUCAUUUUUAAAAAGGAGAAAGCGAGAACAAAGGGACAGCGAAAAUAGAUCGCUACUUGGGCAAGGCGCAAAUGCUUCCGCGACAGAAGCUCAUGCUGCCGCCAGCACCGCACGGCCGGUCUCAGGAACGGCUCGAUCAGAAGUUAGCCUUAAUUUAGACACGGUGUAUGAGGCCUCACCAGAAAUACAACUCUACCUGGGCCAGACUGAAAGGCAACUAAGCCCCAAGACGGGACUCACAACGAGUGUUCUUGCCAGAAACAACGGGCCUGUUAAGAUUGGUCGAGAUCGAGCAGCAACAAUUGCCUGUCCCGGUAGUUCCCCACAGUCCAGCCAACGCCAGAACGAAGUCAGAAUCACAGCUCGGAAGAGAUUGUCGAGCUCAUCGAAUAUGGGUCGAAAAGUGAUUGCUCGACAAAAACAGUCUAUCCCGCCCUCCCCAUCUAACGCAUCCACACCCGCCACAGGUUCCCCUGAAACAGAAGGCCAAGAAACCGCCACGCCAGCGCAGUUACAGCGGGGACCGGGAGAGGAAGCAGUCCAAAGAGACAGCAAUACUGAAACUUCGACAAAUGGGUUUCAGGCUGUUGCCGCGGAAUUGCAUAGUGAAAAAGAAACAUCGGGAGAGGUGCUCCCUCUCUGUGCAGAGGCUGCUGCGCGCCUUGACAAGGAAAGUCUGCGACAGGUAGAAGAGGCUCUAGAAGCGGCGCUGGAAAAUGGUAUGGACAACGACUCUCCACUUGAUGCUGAAGAAAGCCACAAAUCGGAGAGACAGCAGGCCGAUAUAGUUGGCUUGUCUGGUGAGGCAGCAUUUCUUAAUGGGGAGGGAAGCGAGAUGUUGCAGGCACAGAGAGGCAGUGACGGCCCGAGGGAGAGUCCAGACAAAAUAAAGAACAUCGCGGCCGAUUCCUCAAAUUUGCCGUUGACCAGUUCAAGUGAAGCACAUGGACAAGAUGCCACUAAACACUCUCCAGUUGACCGACAGCAACCAGUACAGCAAGCAAGCAUUCCAACUGCGGAGGGGGACCCUGCGUUGCCGUCACCACCGGCAGUAGAGGACGGCAACAGAGAAAGCGGCACUGUUAUCCCAUUUCCACGUGACGAAUCGCAAGCUGCAGGUACAGAAAACAAAGAAGUACGCACGGGAAUGCUUGCAGGUCUCAGCGCUGACAACCCCGCAAGUUUAUCAGUUAAGGAAAUGGCUGACACAGGAGCAGUAGAGGCUAACGCUUUAGGCGAGCCUGAGGCUGAAGGCACUUGUUCACGAGCUUUCAACACUUGCGUGGGUGACCGGCCCGAUGCUGGUGAAAGCAUUAGUAUCACAGUGAAGGAGCCGGAUGUCGACAGGCCAAGCCAUAGGGGUGAACUUGAGCUCGCCACUUCUUGCAAAGACUCUAGUCUUAUAUGCGGACCUUCAAACUCAGGCUCGGUCAUUACCCCGGAAGUUUUCUUAAAAGGUGAGCCAGCGGCAACCUCCGAGGGUUCGGUGCAAGUGCCGUCAUCCACUUCGGACUGCCGCAGUAGACCGGAAGAAGCUUCCGACGCUGCAGCUGUAGAAGCAAUGAUCAGCACUGCUGCUAUUGCAGCUGCUACAGCUGUUGCUCUUGAGGCAGAGAGUCGUGCGCAAAUGGCCAAGAAUCAAAAUCUACAAUCUACGGAUAUGCCUGAAAUGGCGUCUCUCUCAUCCGAUGAGCGGGAUGCCGACUCCAGAGUUAAUUUUGAAGCCGAAAGUUCUAAGGGGUCCUUUGGGACGCAAGACAGUAUGCAGAAGCAAUCCUCUGGAGGAAGCCACUCUGGCCAGCGGAAUCGCUGCCAUUUCCGAGUUAGCUUUUGUGAUGGGGGGCUGCCGGGGGAAGUGGAGGAUGCGCCUCCCCAAACCAGCGAGGCCUUUAGAAGGGCAUCCAUAGCAGAACGGCAAGGAACUGCAUCGAAGGCCUGGCAGCUGCUGAGAGAAGCGGACACAGAAUGGAAUGAAAACGAAAACAGCCCUGAUCCUGUAGCAUCCCCAGAGCUUCCGGGGGGCUCUGUUGCGCUUGAUAUAGCUGCGCCUGGUCUCCAAGAGAACAACAAUGGGAAUGCUCCUGUAGACGAAAAUGCUAAGGAGCUUUUGGAUGCCGGAAAUGACACUGGGAUUCGAAAGGGACCAACCAUCAGGGAUAGCGAGAAGGAAGAAACGACGAAGCAAAUAACGGAAAGCAAAGAGAAUGGGGCUACCCUUCAUGCUACAGGGAUCUCUCCAAAUGAACUGGGAACAGCGGAGUCUACUAAUAUGCAGAAGCCAUCCCAUAGCAGCACUCUGCAAUUCCAAAACGCUGCACGGAAUGACUUAGUGUCUUCUAUCUUCGACGUUGGGGAAGCCGAAUGGCAAUCAGACUGCAAUAGGGUCGGAUCAUCUGAAGUUGAAGCCACUGCAUCGGCAGGCGCCGCUGCUGCAGCAGCUGCGGACUUCGGACCUGCAAACUCUGUUGGUGCUACUGCUGGGGAAGCAGUGGCUCGCUGUUCUACAGAGGUACCAUCAGCUCAUACGGUUACUCAAGAGGCCGCUGAGGCCGUCCUUACACCAGCAACUGCUGCAGAGCCUACAGACGACGCUGCAUCCGCAGACAUUCCAGCAGAUAUCGCAACAGCAGAAGCCCCUGCUAAAGAAGCUCAUGCGGCAGAAUCUAUUUUCACUCGAACUGAUGUCGCAAACACAGCAGCUGAAAACAACGAAUCUGCAUCAUCCGAAGAAAAGCCCAAACGGCGGAGCAAAGAUUCCCUCACCCUAGCGACGACAACAACACAUCUUGCGUCCGUGCGAGAGAAGAAACCAGCCGACGAGUAUGGAGUACCACUAGCCGAAUUCGGAGCAGCAGCAACUGGAGUGAUUUCCGACUCAAGCGCCGCAGACGCCGUCGCAGAUGCAGCAGUUGCAGAUGCAACAGCUGCAGGAACAGUUGCAGAGGAAGCAGCUGUUCAAGCAGAAGGAGCAGCAGCAGAGGGAGUGGACGCUUUUGCAGGGCACGCUGUCGACGCAGCAGAUGCAGGCGGUGUGGUGACGCCUGCUGCAGAUGUCUACGGGUCCCUGCCAGAGGAAACGCCUGCAACAGAGGAUGCAGUGGCGUUAGAGGAAGCCGCAGCAGCAGCAACUGUAGCUGGUUCCAGCUCAAGUUCGUCGACGUCUAUUGUAGCGAUUGGAAGAACUUUUGCUGCAGAAAGUGCUUUGGACAAAUCAGCUGAAGAGGAAUGUGGAGCAGAGCAUCAGAGGCUUUUGGCCGCAGGUGUAAGCUCGUUUCCGGCAGAUGGUCUGUGCGCUGAUGAAGUGGCAGGGGAUCAUGGGGAGCCAGGGGAGACAGAAAGAGAUGCAGCGGUAGCUGGCGUAUCCUUUGAAGGCGCGCCAGCCGAAAUAUCAGAUAUCAAAGUACCAGAUGCGGGUGCAGCAGACGUAGAAGCGCUUCAAGCAGGCGCAGCCGUGGGGAGUCAAGCAUUAUCAGACUCACAUACAGCAGCAAUAAAGGCAGCCUUGGAUAGAGAACAGGCAGCUUCAACACCGGUGGAAGCACUGCAUCUAGCCUUACGAGCGCCAAAUGGAGGCCGUGACAACCCAAGAGAAAAAGAGGCAGAUGGAAAGACACCAGAGGCAGCACUAGGAGCAACAGGCCUAGGACGAGCUGCAACAGAGAUGAGCGCUGCGGACGCAGGAGCAAACAGCGCGACAAGAGCGGAAGCAGGCGUAGUCGCAUGCGCAGCUGAAGAGGCUGAGUCAACGGAAACAGGCGCAGAAGCACAAGAAGCAAAAACGGAAAAAAACGACGCUGCACAAGAAACACAAGCAAAUGUCCGUACAUUCCAGAGGGAUGGGGCGAGUAAUGAAGCGGAUGAGAAGCCAUGGCGGCAGCCACUAGAAAAAGAGGAACAAAACACAGCCGGUAGAACAGGCGAGCCCCCAAAAAUACUGCCUCUGAAGCCCCAGCUAACAAAAUGCUCUUGA